UCUCCCCUUUCUGUCAUUCACUCUCUUCUCAGGUCUGACUACAGUCUUAUGUCAUCAGCAAGCAGUGAUUUGUCCAUGGGGGACCUACAGGAUCCUUUCCUAGUUUCUAUCCACAUCAUCACUGACCCUGGUCAGGCCAAAACGCUCCAGCAAGCUGCUGAUCAGGUUCUCUCGUGGCUCCACCCUGAUCUCACCCUCUUCAGGGUGUCAGAACGGGCAGGUGGUUUCUCGCGAAAGCCCAAGGUCCGCCUGCAGCGUGUCACCGAACCACCAUCACACCAGCCAGCCUUGGCUGUAAUCCUGUUUCUACAGGAUGAAUAUGGAGGUGAAGAGAGUUUUGAACGUCUCCACAGUCAGCUUAGAUGCCCACCGUGGCGAUACCACCACACAGAGCGGGUGAAUGGGCGAGGGCUCUUACCGUUUUCGCCAGCCAGCCAAGACUUUGUUACACUGGCACCAGGCACACCUCUUUGGGCACUUCGUCAGGUGCACUAUGGCAAAGAGAUUGUGCGCUUUACAGUCUACUGCUGCUAUGAGACCUACACCGAACAGGUGCGUCUGUACAGGCUGCUCCUGCACCGAAGGCUGGCCCAGAAGAAGGAGGAUUUCUGCUUCUGUGUGGUCUUCUCCAACCCUGAAACAGAAAUCCAGCUGUCAUUCAAGCGGAUGCCCCGUGGCCAGAACCCCAUCCCCACUGAAAAUGCUGUGAUGGAGAUUCGAGUGAGGGAUGUCGGUGAACUUGUGCCACUGCUGCCACAGCCCUGCACUCUCAUCAGUGACGUCCGUUGGCAAACCAAUGAUUAUGAUGGAAAUAAAAUAUUGCUACAGGUUCAAGGUUCACGGUAUUACAGCAAACACACUAUUGCAAAGUUCUGUCACCUUCCUCCUGAAGAUCCUCUAGUUACCUCCCCCCCUCCACCCGAGCCUCCACCUCCUCCACCAUACGGCCGCGGGCCCGCCUCCUAUCGAAAUCGUCGUUACCACCGGAACUCAUCGCGUUCGCAGACCCAGACCCUUCCGUCUCCAGUCACACACACCUCCAGGACGUCUCCACCUACACUGUGUGAUCAAGAUGGUCACAUGGAGAGGCUCCAGAGGGAUGUGGAGCUCUUACGGGCGAGAUGGACAGGCCACCGCACACAGUCCCUCUUUUCUCUGCCUACAGACGAGUCCCGCUCCUCGUGUGCCUCUCCGUCAAGCUUCCGUCCUCGCUGCUUCUCUUCCAUGGCUGCUCCCAUUUUCCGUGUCAAUGUGGAUACGCUAGUGGGAGCCGAAGAGACGGAUGUAGACACAGGAAAAACCAUCAGCGGCAGCUCUGUGGACCUGUCGGUGGUCUCAGGUUAUUCCCAUCCACAGCUGAGGCCCCAUUUAAAGGCCCCAGCACCGCGGCCCAAGUCUGCUCCUCCAACAGAUGGAGGUCUUGACUUUGCUGAUCUGACCUAUAAUAAUACCUCCCAAAUAAGACAGACUCCUGUGCCAUCUAGAACACAGAGCAUCAUUGCAAAAUCCACACCUUGUGUAGUACACAAACCACAGCCAAAGAAUGUGAAAGAUGUUCAAGGUUCACGGUAUUACAGCAAACACACUAUUGCAAAGUUCUGUCACCUUCCUCCUGAAGAUCCUCUGGUUACCUCCCCUCCUCCACCCGAGCCUCCACCUCCUCCACCAUACGGCCGCGGGCCCGCCUCCUAUCGAAAUCGUCGUUACCACCGGAACUCAUCGCGUUCGCAGACCCAGACCCUUCCGUCUCCAGUCACACACACCUCCAGGACGUCUCCACCUACACUGUGUGAUCAAGAUGGUCACAUGGAGAGGCUCCAGAGGGAUGUGGAGCUCUUACGGGCGAGAUGGACAAGCCACCGCACACAGUCCCUCUUUUCUCUGCCUACAGACGAGUCCCGCUCCUCGUGUGCCUCUCCGUCAAGCUUCCGUCCUCGCUGCUUCUCUUCCAUGGCUGCUCCCAUUUUCCGUGUCAAUGUGGAUACGCUAGUGGGAGCCGAAGAGACGGAUGUAGACACAGGAAAAACCAUCAGCGGCAGCUCUGUGGACCUGUCGGUGGUCUCAGGUUAUUCCCAUCCACAGCUGAGGCCCCAUUUAAAGGCCCCAGCACCACGGCCCAAGUCUGCUCCUCCAACAGAUGGAGGUCUUGACUUUGCUGAUCUGACCUAUAAUAAUACCUCCCAAAUAAGACAGACUCCUGUGUCAUCUAGAACACAGAGCAUCAUUGCAAAAUCCACACCUUGGGUAGUACACAAACCACAGCCAAAGAAUGUGAAAGAUGUGUUGCAAGACAAAGGACAGCAGAACGGCAAUGGCGUUUUGACAGUAAAUGACUGUAGUCAAGAAGGCACUGUGGAGGAAGAGCAAGAAUUUUAUAUCUGA